AUGGCAGAUAAGAGAGACAAAGACACCGACAACUCAGAGGCGUUGUCAGCGUCGGCAUCAUCACAUCCUGCAGGAACACCAGCAAGUGACUAUGUUUCCGCCUCAUCGGUACCUCCAGUGAGGCCUGCGGCAUCAACCCGGAGAACAUACGGGACCCUGGAUGCAUAUACGAUCGAGUCAACGUCUGAAAAUCGCCUCGACGAAUCCCUGGAUGAUUUAUCAAGCCGCCCAUUCGUCUCCCCGUCUCCAGCCCCCGAUCGGCCUAGAAAACCCUCCGUCACCAGACGAAUGUCUUCCAAACGUCAAGUUCCCCAUAAGGGCCAGGAGUUCUCGACCGACGACGAUGUUCAGGAAGUCGAGGAAGACAUCGCCUCCUACCAGGCCUCUACCACGCAGCCUUCCCCGAGACUUCGUCCCUUGCGUGCGCAGAGCUCCACUCUGAGACGACGCCCGAGUGCCCGACCCAGUCCACUGACGCGAGCCGAGUCCGAUAAUCUUGAAGGAAAUGACGCCAGCUUGCCGGCGCCUGGUCUCGAGGCAUCGAUCGAAAUCCCCUCGUUGCGAGAGUCGGAUGGGGAGGAGGAGGAAAUGAGUGCUGACGAGCCGCUUGAUACGGAGGAUGACGAUGACGACGAUGAAGAUGAUGUGGAUGACGCGAGUGACGCUGAGAGCUUCACGCUCAAGGACCGACAACAAGCCAUUAACGAAACUCACCCUUUCGGCAUUAGGAUAUGGAAACCGGCCCUGUAUAAAAAGAGCCGCUCGGUGGAGAAGACCGCCGAAGGUGAUAUCCACUCAUCUCCAGGUGGGCGGGUCAGCCCUAUGCUCUUCUUGACCAACAUCCUCUGGUCCCUGGUUUUUGGUUGGUGGCUUGCGCUGGUCGCUCUAUUGGCUGCAAUCGCAUGUUUCGUCUUCGCAUAUUCCUCCAGCGCUGUGGCCUAUGGGAGAGUAUUUUCGGGUCUCUCCCGAUAUCUGUUCUACCCAUUCGGCUCCUUCGUUCUGCUCGAGACUGAUGAGGUUUACGCGGAGGAGGAUGAAGGUGAAGGACGCAGUAUCAGCGAGUAUGAGCAGUGGCAGAAUGGUGAUUUGGAACAUGGUCGGCUUUUCUUUGGCCCGCACAGGGAUAGGUCCCUCGUUGGUCGACGUCGAAAUAGUAUUGAUUCUGCCAGUGAGAAUGACAGUCUUCUGGGUCGAACGCAACGAGGAGGAGAACGUCAGGAUUCCUCACAGUUUCCACAGUCCAAGCGCCGCCUUUUCGGUCGUGGAGAGUGGACUAUUGGCCGAGUUGUCUUUUUCGUCUUCUUCUAUUUCCUAGUGGGGCCAUUAAUGCUGAUGGUUUCGCUCGUUUGCUGGCUGCUUGUCUUCCCGAUUCCGAUGGGUCGGGUGACAACCAUCCUUGCGAGCCAUCUCCGGCGACACCCUCUCGCCUUGUCAUUUCACUCUGAUACCUCAUAUGCUAGACUCAGCUCGGGGUCUUCUUCGCCUUCCAUCCUCCUCUGCACAUACCGAGCCGCCGGAUCGAGAUACUGGAAAUAUACGAUUGAUGGUACGAACAUUUUUUUCAUCAACUUGCUUGGCAUCGUCGUCUUUGUGAUUGCCGACUACUUCCUGCUCGAUAAAUUCCUGGGCUUGCAGUCCUGGCUGACCCACCCCGGUCUGAUCUUCACUCUGGCUCUUUUCUCCGUUAUUCCACUCGCAUAUUUCAUUGGGCAAGCCGUGGCCUCGAUUUCGGCCCAGUCAUCAAUGGGCCUGGGUGCUGCAAUCAACGCAUUUUUCUCGACGAUUGUAGAGGUUUAUCUCUAUUGCGUUGCUCUGACCGAGGGCAAAGCUCAGCUGGUUGAGGGCAGCAUUAUCGGCAGCAUCUUCGCCGGUAUCUUGUUUUUGCCUGGCCUCUCAAUGUGUUUCGGCGCUAUCAAGCGCAAAACGCAACGAUUCAAUGUGAAAUCCGCCGGUGUGACCUCGACAAUGCUCCUAUUUGCUGUUAUUGCUGCCUUUGGGCCCACCCUUUUCUACCAGGUUUAUGGCAGUCACGAACUGAACUGCCACGCAUGCGAGCAGCCCGGGGUUGAUAGGGACUGUCGCCAGUGCUAUUUCUCCCAAACUGCUGCGGUCCACGACUCAUUUUUCGAACAGGCGGUCCAGCCUUAUGCAUGGUUCGCUGCCAUUCUCCUCUUUUUAUCAUACAUCAUCGGCCUUUGGUUUACCCUUCGGACCCAUGCCGCCUUGAUCUGGGCUACAGAACUGGAGGAAAAGAAGGCUGCUCAGGCCGCUCAGGCCGCCCACGCUGCCCACGCUGCCCAAUCUGCCCCAGAAUCUUUCUCCUAUGAGCCAAGACAUCUGCUGUUCUCUAGCGGUGCUCCCGAGGCCUCUGGUGCCGCUACUGGCAACAAGGACUCUAUUCGGGAGUCUCAGCUGUAUAAGCGUAUCGUAGGCCAAUCACUCAAGCACUAUGGUCUAGAUGACGGCAAUGCUUCCGUCAACUGGGAACAAAACGACAGUAGCUGUUCUACCUCCACCGAUCCCAAGGGAAACACGCCCCAUUUGGUCCCUCCUCGAACAGCCGGUGCUGAUGAUUGCCCUGUGCCCAAGGCCAUUCGGGGUCUUACUGGUGAAGACAAUGAGCGUCUUGUGCGUCAGGUCACCGAUGUUGCGGCAACUGCUGCGGCAAUGGCUGCUCGCGACGCGACUAAGAGUCGUAAGCCUGCAGGUCAACAAACUGCCGGACGCCAAGCUGGUCGGGCAAUGGCAGAUCAUGUGAAGCCUCCUGGUGACGAGCCAGAUGCUUCUGGUAUUGUUGUCGAUCCCGCCGCCCAUGCCGCGACUGGGGGAGGUCAUGAUGCGCCGAAUUGGAGCAAGUCUAAGAGUGCGAUUAUCCUGAUGGGAGCCACGAUUCUCUAUGCCAUUAUUGCUGAGAUCCUUGUCAACACGGUUGAUGUGGUCCUGGAGAAUGUGGAUAUUGAUGAAAAGUUCCUCGGCAUCACUCUUUUCGCUUUGGUGCCUAACACGACUGAAUUCUUGAACGCUAUAUCCUUCGCAAUGAACGGUAACAUCGCCCUAUCCAUGGAAAUCGGCUCUGCAUACGCAUUGCAGGUCUGCCUGCUUCAGGUUCCCGCCCUCGUCCUCUUCAGCGCCAUCUAUACCCAAUCAAUUGAUCCCGCCGAACUCGCUCGACACUCAUUCAACCUCAUCUUCCCGCAAUGGGACAUGAUAACCGUAAUCCUCUGCGUCUUCCUCCUAUCCUACGUCUACGGCGAAGGAAAAAGUAACUACUUCAAAGGCUCCAUCCUGGUCCUCACCUAUCUCGUCGUUAUCAGCGGCUUCUACAUGUCUGGUUACAGUAACCUGGAUAACAUGGGCAUUGACCGAUUCGAUACCCUUGCUCUGGGAACAAGCCAGUCGCAAAAGUUUUAUACUAUUGGACGCACGCGUGCUGGGGUGGCUUAUUAG